CCGCGCGCGCUUCGAACUUGCUACGGGCGGCGCGCCUCUGGCUCGGCGCCCGGGCGGACCGUGCAGGCACCCACCUGACACCGGACCCCAGGUACGCUAAGAGGGACUCCCAUCCUUGUCUAACUGCCCUGGGGGCAGCCGUGAGUCCUAGAGGGGAUCCUUACUGUAAUUCUCGCCAAGGACUAGAGCGCAGUAACCCAAGGAUUCGGGAAACGAUUGCACAGACAAAGCGCCUCUUGGCACUGAGGACGGCACGACCAAAGUUAGAAGGCCACGUUUCGAGAAUCUCCGCCUUCGGCCAGCGAAGGAGGAUCGAGAUUAAAUCAACAAGCCCCGAAGGCUACAUGCCUCCUGGAGACGACCGAGAACGACCGUCCGCACCUGAAACUUGCAAUACAGCUUGCAACAGCAGCGCGGGGGCUGGCUCGCAGCGUCCCGCCUGGGAAAACGUGCUCACCCCCGACCGCAUCCCCGAGUUCUGCAUCCCCCCGCGCCUCGCGCCCUGCACCGGCGUGGCCGCACUCCGGGUCUCCUGGAGCCAGGCGGCCGCACUAGACGCUGCGGCCGGACACACGGACUGGGACCCGCGCUCGCAGGCCGCGCUCUCGCUGCCGCACCUGCCCCGCGGGCGCACCGCCUACGGCUUCUGCGCGCUGCUCGAGAGUCCGCACACGCGCCGCAAGGAGUCGCUCUUCCUCGGCGGCCCCGGCGCCGCCCCGCCCCCGCCCCCGCCCCCGCCCCCGCCCCCGCCCCCGGGCGCAGCCCCGGCCGCCGCCGCCCCCGCGCUCCCCGCCCGCCCCCGCCCGGCGCCGCGCGCGCCCGCCCCGCCGGCCCGCGCCCGCCGCCUCCUGCGCGCCCCCGAAGGGCUGCUGAGCCGCGCGCUGCGAGCCCGGGGGAGCCGCGGCCUGGCCCGCGCCCGCUCCGCGUGCGGCGGGGACCGGGACGGCCGCGGGGACGAGCCGCCCGCCGGGACCCGGGCUCCCUCCCCCUCCCCCUCCCCCUCCCCGCCGCCGCCCGGCCCCGGCCCCGACCCGCGGCCCGAGCGCCUGGAGGCCGAGGGCACCGUGGCCCUGGGCCGCGCCGGGGGCGCCCUGCGCCUGGCCGCCGAGUACAGUCGGGCCAGCGGGCGGCUCCGCGUGCGGCUGCUCGGCGCCGAGGGCCGGGCCGCGGGGGCCGCGGGGGCCGCCGAGGCCGCCGAGCCCCGCGCCGUCGGCUGCCGCGUGAGCUUCGUGCUGCGGCCGCCGGGCCAGACGCGCCCGCAGCGCAGCGCCGUGGUCCGGCCGAGCCGCGCGGCCGCCUCGGAGCAGGACGUGUGGCUGGACGGGCUGUCGGAGGAGCAGCUGCGCCGCCUGGCCGUGCGCGUCCAGGCGGAGGAGCGGGGCCGCGGCCGCGAGCGGGGCCGCCUGCGGGGCCAGGGCGAGCUGCUGCUGGGCGCCCUGCUGCUCCCCGCGGGGCCCGGCCUCCGACCGCCGCCGCGCGCGACAUAGCUGCCAUUCAUCGACUCUUCGACUCAGGCAUUGUUCAGUCCCACGUUGGCACACAUGUUGCUGGAGUCGUUAUCACAAUAAAGGACGGAAUAUCCUGCGUGGGUACCUCCCACUUUCGUUUCAGCAAGUGACACGGUGUUCUGCAGCCGUGUUCCUAGUAUGCGCGGACGAUGGUCCCCACGAAGUGUUAACACGAGACGGUGCCUGAUGACCUGUUUGCCCCAACCUCCUCUAUCCAAGGUUGUUUAUUCCACAACAUCCGCGGAGACCAACUUAGAGCGUGUAUUACUUUGGAAGCAUCAUUUAAGACCUCAGGUGAAAAAAUGAAGCUAACAGGGAUGAAGCAACUUUUUCAAGACCAGCAGUAAAUUAUUAAUAGAAACUGCCAACCCGAUUGAUGCUUUUAGCCAUAUCCGGCGGGAAGCACUGGAAAAAUUGAAGCCAUCUUAAUAGUCUAAGCUAAAAUAAUAAUAGUUUUACAAAUAUUAACUUGUUUGAUUUUUUUUUUUUACAAAAACCUAAAAGGCAGGCACAGUUGUCCCCAUUUUGCAGAUGAGGGUAUUGAGGCACUGAAUACACAGCUGAGUCAGGAUUUGUACGUAGUCAAUCAGUAUUUUACUCACUACCUUCUAGAAGUAAUACCAAGCACCUGGAGGGUUCGUCUCAUUACUGUUGUGGGACUGCAACUUAUAUCUGAAACUGUGGAUCCUGAGUUAGGGGUCUCUUCACAUCCUCAGACCCUAGCAGAAAAGCAAAUCGGUUGAAAUGAGUAAUUCAUAUUCUCAUGCAAAUGUCUAAGAUUCCAUCUGAGAAGAUGCUAACUAGCCUCAGAAUCAUAGAAAAAAGAGUGCUAGCCUAAUUGCCCCCAGCUGAGCUAUGUGCCAGGGCAGGUAGUCUAGAAUAUACCUAUAAUACUGUUCUACCUCUGGCUUCUGAUAUUAACAAUAAAUGUAUUGUUUUAAGGGAUGAUUGUCCUCCCUUGCUCAUACUCACUGCCAAACAAGCUUAUU